AUGGACAAAAUAAAGUUAGCGAAAGUGACGAAAGUGUUGGGAAGGACUGGAUCUCAGGGACAGUGCACUCAAGUGAGAGUGGAGUUCUUGGACGACAACAGAUCCAUCAUUCGCAACGUGAAGGGACCCGUCCGUGAAGGCGAUGUCCUCACACUCCUCGAGUCCGAGAGAGAGGCCCGAAGAUUAAGAUAA